AUGGAGUCCAAGAACGUAUUGGCCGCGGUGGUCGCCGCCUUGGCGAUGAUCCUCGCCAUCGCCUUGUGGCUUCUGAUGCGCUACGUCGUCCUCAAUCGGAGGCGGUCGUCGGAUCUCCGGCGAGUGGCCAGCGAGGGCAGGGAGCUCCGGUUCCAGUAUAGCUUCUUCCGGCGAGUCGCGGGGCUGCCCACCAAGUACUCGCUGAGGGACCUCGACAGGGCCACCGACAACUUCCGGUGGAUGCUGGGCCGCGGCGCCUCGGGGGCGGUCUUCAAGGGGGUCCUCGACGACGGCACGCCGGUGGCGGUGAAGCGCAUCGAGGGGGCAGAGUACGGUGAGAAGCAGUUCAAGGCGGAGAUCGCAGCCGUCGCCAGCGUGCAGCACGUGCACCUCUUGCGCCUCCUCGGCUACUGCCACGUGAACGGGGGAGGCGGCGGGCCCUGCUUCCUCGUCUACGACUACAUCGAGAACGGCUCCCUGGACGAGUGGAUAUUCCCGUCGCCGAAGCGGCAAAGGGGGCUGACGUGGCCGCUGAGGUACAGGGUGGCGGUGGACGUGGCGCGGGGGCUGGCGUACCUGCACCACGACUGCCGCGCGCGGGUGCUGCACUUGGACAUUAAGCCGGAGAAUAUUCUGUUAGACGACGAAUUCCGGGCGGUGGUUGCGGAUUUCGGGCUGUCGAAGCUGAUGAACAGGGACCAGAGUCGGAUCGUGGCCAGCAUGAGGGGGACAAAGGGGUACCUGGCGCCGGAGUGGCUUCUCGGCACCGGAAUCUCCGAGAAGUCCGACGUGUACAGCUACGGCAUGGUGCUGCUGGAGCUGGUCGGUGGCCGCCGGAACGUGAGACUGGUGGAGGACGGCGGCGGUGAAGGAAGGGGGAAGCAGAGUAAGUGGUCCUACUUCCCGAAGACGGUGAUGGAGAAGGUGAGGGAAGGGCGGCUGAUGGAGGUGGUGGACGAGAGGCUCCAGAGGGCAGCGGACCAGAAGCAGGUGACGACGAUGGUCCACGUGGCUCUCUGGUGCAUACAGGAGCGGGCGGAGCUGCGACCGACCAUGACGGCAGUGGUCGAGAUGCUGGAGGGGAAGAUAGCAGCGGCCGCGCCGCCGCCAGAAACGGAUAUGCUCGUGGUGGACCUGCUCUCCAUCAUGGACGACAACGGCCAAUCCAGUACCACCAGCGUUGGCAACAUCGCGGCUAAUGAGGAGACGUCGGCUGCCGUCCGCGGGGGCAAGCACGCGGCCUUUGCGAGCUCGAGCACCAACUCCUUCGCCAUUUCAUAUCUAUCGGGACGAUAAAACUCUCUUCCAAAAAAAAAUCCUGGUUCUUUCUUCUGAUACUCUCGUUGAGUACGAUGAACUUCAUUGAAUUUACUACGAAAUAUCCACAAUUGAAACUCGAACAAACAAGCAAUGAAAGUACAUACAAGAUUUCUUCGACGAUGAUCGAGGCUCUCAUUUUGUAUUGUUUACGUCUCCCAAUCUGUG